GGCAUUUAAACAGUUGACAAGAAUUGAGUAAAGAGGAAGGUAACGGAAUCAUGGCUCCAAGAUUACUGAUACUAUUUACCCUUGUGGCAGCUGCUUUUGCCGAUGAUGUGUUGCAGUUGGGAGAUGCCGACUUCGACACCAAAGUUGGGAGUUACGAUACAGUCUUGGUGAUGUUCUACGCCCCGUGGUGUGGACAUUGCAAACGAUUGAAACCAGAGUUUGAGAAAGCAGCUACUUCUCUGAAGACCAAUGAUCCUCUAGUGAUAUUGGCAAAGGUUGAUUGUACGGAAGAUGGAAAAGACACCUGUGGGAAAUAUGGUGUUUCUGGGUACCCUACCUUAAAAAUUUUCAGAGGUGGAGACCUCUCCUCCGAUUACAAUGGUCCUCGUGAAGCAAAUGGUAUUGUAAAGUACAUGAGAUCACAGGUUGGGCCAGCAUCCAAGGAGCUUAAUUCCAUUGAGGUGGCUGAGGCCUUCCUUAGUGCUCCUGAAGUUAGUGUAUUGUUCUUUGGCGACGACUCAAAACUUAAAGAUGCUUUCCUCAAGGCAGCAGAUAAACUGCGAGAAACUGUACGUUUUGGUCACUCGGUAAAGGCGGAGAUAAAUGAAAAAUAUGGAUACGAUAAUGUAGUGGUGCUGAUCAGACCAAAACACUUGGAGAACAAAUUUGAGGAGACCUCUGUUGUAUAUGAAGGACCAAAUGACAAGUCUGCAAUUGAAACAUUUGUGAAAGAUAACUUCCAUGGUUUGGUGGGUCAUCGUACUCAAGAUAGUGCUCAGGACUUCGGUUCUCCUCUCGUGGUUGCAUACUACAACGUGGAUUAUGUGAAGAACGUCAAGGGCACCAACUACUGGCGUAACCGUGUAUUGAAGGUAGCACAGAACUUCAGGGAAUUCAACUAUGCUGUUUCGAAUAAGGAUGACUUCCAGCAUGAGCUCAAUGAAUUUGGUCUGGACUUUGUUCCUGGGGACAAGCCUGUGAUCUGUGCUAGAGAUUCAAAAUCCCAAAAAUUUAUUAUGAAGGAAGAUUUCUCGAUGGAAACUUUCGAAGCAUUCCUCACCAAACUUAAAGCCGGUGAAUUAGAGCCUUAUGUGAAGUCUGAACCUAUUCCUGAUCAAGAUGGCCCAGUUGCUGUUGCAGUUGCCAAGAACUUUGAUGAACUUGUAACAAAUAGUGAUAAAGAUGUGAUGAUUGAGUUCUAUGCUCCCUGGUGUGGACACUGUAAGAAGUUGGCUCCAACUUAUGAAGAACUUGGAACUGCGAUGAAAGAUGAAGCUGUAGAAAUUGUAAAGAUGGAUGCCACAGCGAAUGAUGUACCAUCUUCAUUCAAUGUGAGAGGGUUCCCCACUCUCUUCUGGAAACCCAAGGGAGGUGAACCAGUCCCAUACAAUGGUGGCCGGGAACUGGAUGAUUUCAUCCCAUACAUUGCUAAAGAAGCUUCAAGCGAACUCAACGGUUGGGAUCGCAAAGGAAACCCCAAGAAGACAGAACUGUGAGAUCUGUAAACACUGGUCUGCUAGGAGGCCCCCCCAGUGUCUCUUGAGUGGUGAAUGUUAAAUGGUGCAGGUUAAUUUUUCCUGAAGUACAUAAUCUAAAUUAUGUAGCAAAAUGACAUUGGUAAAGUCUUAGAAAAAAUAGUAUUCAAGUGCUUACCUAUUUGUACAUGAUGGAUCAGUAUUUAAGGACCGACUUUUAAAGAAUUACCACACCAGUGAAGUUUGUUUGGUGCCUGUUUGUGUGAGGAGAGAUUGAAGAAUAAAUGUUAGUGCAAUCAUAUACAUUGUGGUGAAUGUUUAUUAUUGUUAAAACUAUUGUUCCUUUAGUCAUUUGGAUGCUAUGCACAGAACUUUUUUGUAUUGAGUUCUUCCUACAAUCAUUCCUGCUCUUUUCCAGAACAUGAGUGCAUAAGUUUCAAAUAUAAUGCAUUCAGUUAACUUAAUAAAUUUUAUAAUAUAA